UGUAGGUCGGAUGUCCAAGGAUGAUACAAGCAUAUCUGUAUUAACGUCAGAAGAGCAAGAAAAAGAAACAAAACUGCUAGAAGACAUGGAAGGGCCUAGAAUCGAUGUUGCCUUAGAGAAAGAAGAAGAGAAAGCUGCCAGCGACACAGUUUCAGAAUUACAACCUUCUCAUCCUGAAAACCAUCCAACAAACCCCUCAUCAUCUACCAUGGAAUCAUUUACCAUGGUCGCGGAUCAAAACGUAGCUGAGAAACCGCAUGAUGAUGAAAGUGAGGGUGAAGACUUCAAAACACCCAGAUCUGCAUUAUCUCAGGAUGAAGCUGAAACGAAUAUUGUCGAAGAAGUUGCUCCGUCCGCGUCAGAUUCACCGUCUAUAAAUGUCAGUGGAGAAGUGGAGGUUGAAAUAGACCCUUCCAACUUUGAUGAGGAAGUGCCAAGGUCAUCGUCCUCAUUUGAUAUGAUUGGGGAUGAUGAAGUAGAGGACCUUGCUGACGAAGAGCCUGUUCUGCCUGCUUCUCCGGUGCCUGGUGUUAAAUUAGGACAUGACAUUCCUGCAGACUCCAAACAGUUGGCAGACCUUUUCAAGUACAAGCAAGCUGUGAUGCAUCCUGAUGAGUGGUGUCAGUGGUCCACAGCGUCUACCUGCUCUAACGAUACCAUCGCUCAACAGAGGCUGUUCAGUGAGAGUAUUCUGGCUGAAGCAGCUGAUGAUAAUAAAUCAGUCAAAGAUGACAUCGAUGAAUCGAUUGAUGAAGGUACUAAAAUGGUCGAGGAAUCCGUCCCAGAGGCCAACUUCAUUGAAGCAAUUCCUGAAGUUGAAGCUACCGCUGAAGCUGAAACUAGCCCCGUUGCCGAAUCUCCACCUGUUUUCGAAGCUACACCUGUUGCCGAAGCUACACCUGUGGCUGAAGAUGCACCUGUGGUUGAAGCUACCACUGAGGCUGAAACUAGCCCUGAGGCCGAAUCUAUACCUGUAGCUGAAGCUGCCCCUGAGGCCGAAUCUGCACCUUUGGUGGAAGCUGCACCUGUGGCUGAAGCUGCACCUGUGGCUGAAGCUACACCUGUGGCUGAAGCUACACCUGUCAUCGCUGAAGAAUCUCCAACCGGAUUUCUGCCUGAAUCUGAACCUGUACCAAUUGUCGAAUCAGAAACAUUCUCCAUUGUUGAAGCUACACCUUCAACUCCUGCUACCACCGAAGGAGAUGUCAAACCAAUCGAUCCACCUCAGAAAAUUGAAGAAGUCCCGGAAGAAAAGGCUGCAACACCAGCUGAAGUUGCAAAACCAGAGGUCCAGGCCCCAGCUGAUGAAGAGGAGUCUGUGCCCAAUGAGGUGGAGGAGAAGGAAACUACUAAAACAAAUGAAUGGAUAGAAAUACUUGGAAAUGAUUCCCUCAAAAAGAAGAUCAAGAAACACGGAACAGGAGAGAACCUGGAAAAGGGCCAGCAAGUGAGGAUGAAAUACACACUGAUGUUGGCAAAUGGACAGAUGGUGGAUGAGGAUUUGGAGAUCACAUUUCAGCUUGGUGACGGGGAGGUCAUUGACGCAAUCGACCUGACGGCCAACCUGGCUAAAGUAGGAGAAGUGUACGAAGCGCUGGCCAAUGCCCGGUUCGGUUACGGAGUACUCGGCAAACCCCCUCACAUUGGUUCAAACUCCUCACUCCUCAUACUUGUAGAGAUAAUCCAGGCGGAGGAUACUCCUAAAAUCAGCAACAUGUCGGAACUGGAACGUGUUAAUAUUGGUGACCGGAAGAGGAAGAUUGGUAACGAUCAUUUUGCCAGACAAGAUUUCGACAGAGCUUCAAAGAAUUACACAAGUGCGUGUAAGUACUUAGAUCCGCCAAGUUACGAAGUGACGGGAGAGCCUAGUGGUGAAAUGAGGGAUCUGCAAGCUAAGACGUGGUGCAACCUCGCUCUUUCUGAGUUGAAGAAAGGGAACCUAGGAAGCGGAAUCCAGGCAGCUAACAGAGCUUUAGAGGUAGACCCCAAGAACACAAAGGCUCUGUACCGUAAGGGGAAACUUCUCGAACAGAAGGGGGAGCUCGAGGAAGCGGAGAAGGCUCUGAAACUGGCUGUUCAGUUGGAACCUAACAGUGUGGGUUGUAAGCAGUUCCUUAAAGAAUUGACGAAGAAGAUAACAAGUCAGAAGAAAAAAGAGCAACAGAUGUAUAAAAAAAUGUUGAAUUUGGAGGAGGAAAAGACAGAAAAAGAAAAGAAGGUGACUUCCUUUGGUGAACAAGAGACAACUUGGAUGGAGGGUGCAAUACCGAUGGUGGCGGGCGCUGUGACGAUCGGCGCACUUGCUGUGGCUGCUUACAACGGAUUUAGAUCCUUCACCGGAUAAAUCUGUUAUGUUGGGCUAUCAGAGACCAUCUUUGGCAAGAAACUGCAAUUUCCUUUGCACUUAUUUACUAAUUUAUUCAAAUUCUUUUAUGCUUAAAAUGUGAGCGUUGAUUAUUUAUCGUAGAUGUUUAAUAAUAACACUUUAAAUAACUUUUUUCUAAAUGCUGGAAAUCGGUUCAUUUGUCAGAUUCUUUUUGUUACUGUUGUACAUUUUUGACGAUUUGCUAAAAUGAAGAAUCGCUAUUUUUUACAAAAAGGCCUUCAAAUUUAUAUCGAUCCAGAUCUAAGUUUUCCAAUAAGGACUUAGUUUUACAUUUCGUGGAUGUAAGCUGUCUCAAAUUAUAUAAAUCUUGAUUAAAGUACAGGCAAAAUUACUCGUUUUUAUCGCCGAAUUCUCUCAUAUUAUAUCAACUGAUUUGAACUCAGAUUCCAAAACACCCUCAUAUGAGAAAAUAUUAGAAUGCGUGCUUCUCGAGUUUUGGGGAAAAUUGAACACGCGUCCUCAUCACUCAUGCCCAUAUUAUGUUUUGGUAAAACUAGAUGUUUCGGUAAGGACCAUGGUCAGGGAACAUGUUCGAGGCUUUGGGAUCUCACAGUGAGAUUCUCACUUAAUGUAAAUCUCAUAAUGUAAAAUGUAAAUCACGUUAAUUAAAGUUUGAAAAUACAAUUCCACAGUUAACUGUAUUGAACUUGAAGUUGAAAAUGUGCGCUCAUAAUUUAAUAACCAACCAGAAUAAUGUCCAUCCACGUAAUGUCCGCCCAAAUUAAGUCCGAUAAGGAAGUCUGAAUGCAGUUAUCUGAUUCUUAGUGCUUCACAGGUGUUAAUAUUCCGGCUUAUUUGUGAGAUUGUUUUUGUUACUGUUGUGAUUCUUCGAUAAUUCGGAAAAAGAAAACCUCUGUUUUCUGUAAUAAUUAAUUUUUUAAACCA